AUGUCUGCCCAAACCGACAUGUCCAACGCGAAGCAGCGCCUCCAAAAGGCGCUCCAAACCUACCCCACCAACCGUGUCGUGCAAGACAAGGACAAGACGUUCUACGAACACAUCCUCCUCCAAGUCCGCGCCGUUCUUGCCGAAAAGCAAACGCAGCUAGCCGAGAACAACGAAGAGCUCAAGAGCCUUCGCAUCGACAUAAGUGCCCUCGAGAGGGUCGUCACCAUCAAGACCGACUACGUUGCCUUCCUCGACAAGCACAUGAACGCGUUCCAAGAGGGUCUUGCCACGGGCGCGAAAGCGAACGAGGGAAAGGCGAUGCAUUGGGACGCCGGAGAUCUGAUCAAGUAUGUCGACGAGAACGAGAAGGCAUAUUUGGAGAAGAUCGAGGGCUUUGCCGUGGAGUGGGAGGUGGCGAUUGUGUUGGUCAACCCGGCGUGGGUGAAGGCAUUUGGGGAGAUGUAUGUCGACACUAGCAAGAAAGGCGAUGGCGACUUGGUGGAGGGGUUGAAGGGACUAGAUAUGAAGGGAGAAAAGAGCGAGGAGAAGGACGAGCUUGGUGCCGAGGAAGCAACGGAGCAGAAGAAAGGCUCCGGCAGGCUCAAGGGAAAAGCGCGAAAGGAGGCGAAGAAGGCCGCUGCGGCAAAGAAAUGA